CUCACUGGCACGCUGUUGUACCUUGUUGUACUCUCACUGGCUCUCAGUCUAUAUCUCUGCUACUCAACGGCGAAAGCUAGGAUAUACAUACAACACACAACGAUGCGCAGUAAUAACGUUCGCGGGCCUACCUCUGCGCUGACUGAAUUCUUACGGGAGUCGGGCAUCACGGCGACGACUAUUGCUCGGAGGGUGCGAACACAGGACAGGACCGAGGAACAACCUGAGGCUGGUCCCAGCAACGUCGACCAAACGAAUGAGGAAGCACAGGACGGGAGUCAGGACGAGGUGGCCGAGGAAUACCACUCAGAUAAUCUAGACGAACCGGACGAACCAAGUCCGAAAAAGCGAAAGGUUGUGGACAAGGGCAAAGGCAAGGCGAAGGCGGCUGCGAAGAAGUCGAAGAAGGACGAUGACGAUGCGUCGUACGAUGAGGAGGAGGACGCAUAUACUGCUAUUUCGAAGCAACUGUGGAAGGGCAGUGGUUCUGGUGGUGCUAAGCCUCCCGUAGGGAGCUUUGAGAACUGCGCGAAAUGCGAGAAACAGUUCACAGUCACAAAGUACACUAUGGCCGCUCGACCUGGUCCGGGAUGGUUAUGCCACCAGUGCGCGAAGGCUUCAGGGGCGGACCCGUUCAAGAAGCCAGCUGUCCCCAGGAAGCGUAAGGCAGUCGCGGAGAAGCGAAACGUUGUCAGCUUCGAGGAGCGCACACUCCCCAGUCUCGCGUCCUUGUGUAUAAAGAUUAUCAGUAACCACAUCGACGACGUGGAAGCUUUGGGUGAUAUCGGUACUAUGAACCUAGACGAGAUUGCGAAGUCGAUAUCCAGAAACAGAAGCAUGACUGCUGACAACGUUCAACUUUUCUAUGACAUUCAGAAUGUCAAGCUCACACUGUACGACGUUACCAAUUUAACCUCUUCGGCCUUCAGCAGCUUGGCUAUGCUUAAUCCUAAUCUCACCAGCCUGAGACUUGACUAUUGCGGUCGCAUGGACGAUCACUCCAUCGCAGCAUUUAACCAGUCUCUUCCAUCGUUGAAGCGGAUUGAUCUUCUCGGCCCUUUCCUCGUGCGCGUCGAUGCAUGGAAGUCGUUCUUCGAAGCCCAUCCAGACCUCGAAGGCUUCCUGAUCACCCAGAGCCCGCGCUUCGACCUCUCGUGCAUGCAGUCCCUCGUCGAGAAUUGCAAAGGCCUGAAGGAACUGAGACUGAAGGAGGUCGGCAAGAUGGACGAUACCUUCUUGCAGGAGAUCGUCAAAUGGAAGGGCACUCUAAAGCGCCUGGACCUGUCUGACCCCGGAUCGAGCAAGUCUGUUACUGACGAUGCCUGCAUUGAGAUGAUGCAAGCUAUUGGGCCUCAGUUGGAGCAUCUCGACUUGUCCGGGCACGAGUAUCUCACGGACGAGUUCUUGCGGCUGGGUCUAACGCCCAACGCCGGCUCGCUAUCUUCGCUGUCUCUCGCGAACCUGCCGGAUAUAACCGAUGCGGGUGUGGCGAGCGUCUUCGAUACCUGGAUGGGCAUCAAGGCGGAGAAGCCAUCUGAAGAGGCGGACAUGGAAGAGGUUACAGGGACGAAUCCGCCCCUUACAUCUAUCAACAUGUCUCGGAAUUCGGAGCUGUCCGCGGCAGCUUUGAUGCCAAUUGUCAAACACUCGGGCAAGACGCUGCAGAACCUGAAUAUCAAUGGGUGGAAGACCGUCUCCCAAGAAGCUUUGACGGAGCUGGCCAAGAGAGUCAGGGACCUCAAGACACUAGACGUGGGCUGGUGCCGUGAGGUCAACGACUUCGUAAUCAAGGACUUCUUGGACAAGUGCGAGAAGAUUAGUGACAUCCAAGUCUGGGGCUGCAACAAAUUAACGGAGAGCUGUCCAAGAAAGAAACGUGUUACGAUUCGCGGCAUUGAGACGGACUCUGUGAAGAAUUGACCAACCGGUAGUUCAUCGCCAUUCAGCCUUAUAGGGCACAGAGCCAUCCCGGUAUCGUUCGUUCUAUCAUAUUUUCCGUUCAGAGCAAUAUAAUUCUACCGAUCACAAACCAAUGGUCUUUAACAUGCGUAUACAUAGUCGGAUAGAUGGUGCUAGGAACACUGAAUACAUCAUUGCGGCACUAGCCC